CCGCGAUGCCGCUGCAGAGGUUGCUGCUCGCGGGUGCGCGCCGCGCGGUCUUCGGGUCCGCGGAGCCUGCGCUGCGGGGCCUCCUGGGGAUACAGCCUCUACAGUUCUCUACCAUUUGUGGGUAGAUAGACACAAGUACACAGUCAACACACACAGCCCAGUCUAGUGAGACUGCAAUGGAAAGAACAACUGACUCUACCAGAGUUGGGAAAAGUUCGAGAAAAGGUUUGAACUCAAUAAAAGGAAACUGGCACAAUUUUUGUACUGCUGUUUAUAAAGAUGUAACUUAUAAGGAACUGAAAAACCUCUUGAAUUCCAGAAAAAUUAUGUUAAUUGAUGUUAGAAACACAUGGGAAAUUAUUGAGUGUGGAAAAAUCCCUGGGUCUGUUAAUAUACCAUUAAAUGAGGUAGGUGAAGCUCUACAGAUGAACCCAGAAGACUUCAAGGAGAAGUAUAAUGAAAUAAAGCCAUCCAAAUCUGACAGUCUAAUGUUUUCCUGUUUAGCUGGCAUGAGAAGCAAGAAGGCUCUGGACAUAGCAAUAUCUUUGGGCUUUACCAGGUCUCAACACUAUGCUGGAGGAUGGAAGGAAUGGUCUACCUAUGAACAUUCAGAGAAGAAACAAGGAAACUGAAGUUUGGAAUACAAGCUGGUUCUUGCCUUAUGUACAUGCAGCCUAGAGUUGUGGAAUGAGCAAAAGAAUAAAAAUCUAGCUCUGGCACCACUG